GCGCAGUGCGUAUGUUAUUUGUUCUCUUCGAAAUUUGUCUUGAUUUUACCGAAUGACCGGAUAUUUCAAAUCUCAAUAUUUUAAUGACUUUCAUACCACACUUUUACAUUUAUAUAUAUACAUCAUUUUUUUACUUUUUGCGUUCAGUAUGUAUUAAAAUUACGUAAGAAGUCAUGCAGAUCAUUCGUAUUUUUAGGGGUCCCCUCGGCCUCCUCUUUAUUGCUCAUAUAAUAGCAUCGUGGGGAGACAGAAUGUGGUGGUUUGCUGGAGGAAUUUUUAUGAAAGAUCUUGCAGGAUUUUCAUAUCAUUCACUACUGUUUGUAGGUGUAUAUACAUUCAUGGUCUCUGGUACUGUAUUAACAUUUGGAGCAGUUAUGGGUAGAUGGAUAGACAAUACACCUCGUUUGAGAGCGUUUGGUGAUACGCAAAUAUCAACUGAUGUAGUGGCUGCCUGCCAAGGAGCAGCAGCUGUGAUGGGAGUAUUGGGCAGCAUUUCAUUUCCUCAGAUACGGAAAAGUAUACAGCAAGAAUCGAUAGCAUUAAUAGGCCUUUCUUUAGAGGUGAUUUCACUAGUGCUGUGUGUAGUGUCAGUAUGGGCUCCAGGAUCUCCAUUUGAUGCAAAUUCUUUGAGUACAUUUUCCGAUCCCUUUGAAGAUACAGGUGAAGCCAUUCUGGAUCCAGAAGCUGAAACAAAGGUUGUUGGAGACCCAACAGCAAUGAUCUGUCUUUUUGCAGGAAUAAUAGUUUCACGAUAUGGCCUCUGGUUAACUGAUAUCACAAUCACUCAGGUAAUGCAGGAGAGAAUUGAAGACAACAAACGAGGAGCAGUGAAUGGUGUUCAGGAUUCGCUCAAUAUGGCGAUGGACAUGAUCAAAUCUGUGCUUGUCGUUGUGUUUCCUCGGCCUGAACAGUUUGGUCUGUUGAUCAUACUGUCCUUUUGUUCAGUUUGCAGUGGCUGUCCUCUGACAAUGGAGUUAGUUAUGAGCAAACAUAGUUCAACCGUUGAGGAAGGAGCUGGGGGAGAAGAAUGACAGAGCGAGAGUGGGGUAAAAUCAACUGAAAUGAGAGAUAAUGAGACCUUCAUUUCACUGAAUAUGUAUGAUUUAAUUCUAUUAUUGUUAACUUGCAAUAGCACGUUGUAAAUUCUGGUGAAGGAAUUGGUAUUUAAAGAUCGAUUUAGUUUUAUAUGCAAGGUCUCUGACACAUUCUUUGGUCUAGAAUCUUUAUUUUUAAAUAAAAUAUAUAAAAAUAAAUUUUGGAGAAUAAUCAUUGAAGGCUAGUAUGGAUUUUACAAUGUGGAUAUUGUGGUAAUUGAAUCUAUGAUCAGGCAAUUUAAUACCUGUCAAUUAAAUUAUAGGUAAUUGUUACCUUUUGAUUAAAUGUUUGUUUAGAACAA